AUGCAUGCGCACCCCUCACCAGCUCACCAGCACAGCAACAACACACUCGCGUGUAUUUCUGUGCUCACCUCCCCUCCCACCACAGGCUUCUGCACGGUAGUGUGGCUCACAGCGACGCUCUUCAAGGCCAACGACUUCAUCCGCAAACAGGGCGCGCUCAAGGUGCGCCUCUCUCUUUCUCAGCCGCUCGUCACAAAUGACGUGCUGGUCCGCUUCAUGGCCAUGGCAGUGAAGUGUGGCCUUCUCGUUGCUCACCGCCACAGCAAGGGCAUGCACAACCGCCACCAGGCACAGAUCCUAACCCUAGUGGAGUACACAUCGCUCCUCUAUCGCGCCUUUGUGCCGGCACCCGUGUGGUUCCAGUUCUUUCUCAACGACCAGGCGUAUGGCCGCCUCACCGCCUCCCUCACUGCUGGGCUCUACCUCGCAUUCAAGCUCUCCACCUCGCUCGAUAGGGUGCUUCUCUUUGUGUCAGCUGUUCGCCAAGCGGUGGGGAAAGGCGAGCAGUAUGGGACCGAGGCCACGCCUGACGAGGUAGCAGCAGCCGGCAACAUGUGUGCCAUCUGCCAGGAGCACAUGACUGGGCCUGUCACGCUGCGGUGCCGCCACGUGUUCUGCGACGAAUGCGUCUCUGAGUGGUUUGAAAGGGAGCGCACCUGCCCUCUGUGUCGUAUGCUGGUCAAGCCAGCAGGGCUGCGCUCAUUCAGUGAUGCCAACACAAGCCUGCUAGUUCAGCUGUUUUGA